GUCACCGUCCUGUCUCUGAUUGGUCAAAGAGGGUAUUGCCAUGCUAUCUUUCGCUCCUCUUCUGCGCAUUUGGGUCGUAGCUGGUGCGGCCGUUUGAAUAGCGCUGCUUCCAUGUCGGCUGCGCAGAGAGCCGGGAAUGGCGGCAGCGGGUAUUAUACCCCGGCGGGCGGGGACGUGGUGGCUCGCCAGAGGCAGGAGGAAGCAGCGGCGGCGGCCUGGAGGUCGGGGUUUUACACACAGGGGGCGGGAGCUAGCUGGCCCGGAGGAGGAGCGGGGGGAGGAGCCGCAGGACCCCAGAAUUCCCCAUGUCCUAAUUACAAUCCCAGUUCUUGGUCCUGCUCAAGCCAUCCACGUCCUCCCUAUCACCCAAAUUAUCAAGGUGGAUCUGAGAGGAUGGAACCUUAUGCAAAUGGUUCAUAUGGACCCCAUUAUACCCAAGCUUCAAUGAAUGCCCAAUACCCUGGAUGUCCCCCACCAAAUCCAUACUACCCUCCUCCUUCACAGCCUCCUUAUCCAGUGGAUCCAUAUAAGCAGGCAAGUGGGACCCACCAAGCUCCUCCUCACUGGGGAUACACACAACAUGGUGGGCACAAUAUAUCUCCUCAGGCUCCAAGUUAUCCUCAAUACCCAAGUCAUCAGGAUGCUAUGCCUCCAUAUCCAUAUUGUGAAACUACUCCUGGCCUCCCGCAGCAGGCAAUGCCUCAGCAAAACCCUCAAGGUGAAGGUUGGGGUGUUUAUGGUGCUCACAACCAUUACCAAUGGCCAACAGCUCCUCCUGUGCCUCCCAGCCAAUCUGGAAAUCAUUAUGUAAGUGGCAGUAGACCAGCUUGGCAAGGAGCAGACGUGCAGCCAGGAACCUAUGAUACAAAGGAUGAUUCUCAGGCAUCCAGUUAUAACCGACAAAGACCAUAUCAGAAUUAUCCUGACAACCCACAAGCAAACCCAACUGAACACAAGCCCAAUCCACCAAACCCACAUUAUAGUGCUUCACCACAAAUGUACAACAGAAAGGACCCUGCAAGCCAGGAAUCUAGGGCCACUGAAGUGAACCCAUCCCAUGAUAAUUCAAGCAUCCACCCAGGUAUUCUUAAAAUCAACCAGGUGUUGGAGAGGAUUGUAGACUUGGAAAGAGAAGUGGAUGAAUUUGUAGGAAAGAAAACUGACAUGAGUUAUCGAUGUUUAGAAGAACUUUUAACCAAGGAACUACUGGAAUUGGAUUCAGUAGAAACCAGUGGACUGGAUAAUGUACGCCAAGCACGGCGAGAAGCUGUGAAAAAACUGCAGUCAAUCAUAGAAAACUUAGAAAGAAAGGGAUUGUGAUUAUGAGAUAAAAUGGCUUGGCCCUUGCAAAUAAAGAAAGGUUUAUUGGGAUUCCAAGAAGAUUGCUCCAGACCAUUAAUGUCAAAGUAACGUGUUUUAUAAUAAUUGGAGAAAAGUCCUUUUAUUGGAAAUAUAUAAUUACAUUGGAAAAUAAACAUGUGAUGACUGAGGAAAUCUUUGGGGAAAAUAAUAAUAAAAAAAUGUUGAUUAAUGUAUAGCUGGAUAUCCCACGGUUUAAUAAUCCACAAUUAAAAAAAAAAAAAAAAAGAAGAAAAAAAAAGUGUACUUCUUAAAUUGCCAUUUAGGAUGAAUCUUGCUUGAGUUGCAUAGAAAACCUUUGCUGAUUAUUAUUGGUAAAUGUAAAUUAAUGUUUGGGAAGUAUUCAGUGUGUUUUGAGACCAUUGUAAAAUAAUUAAUUGGGCUGAUUCAUUCCUGACACAUUUAAAAUCAAAGAAUUUGAUUGCACAUUUUAGUUUUGUAUGUUUUUUUUUUUUUUUUAUCACUAGCACAGCAUGUCUGCUAUUGUUCAGACUUUCACAAAAAAAUAAUGUUAUCAGAUAAAACAACCAAGUAUGGGGUUUUAAAUCCUUUUUUUAAGCCGUAAAUGAUUAGUCACAAAAUACACGUGUGGCAAAAAGUUCCCUUGAAAAAGAUGUUGGCACUAAAUGAGAAUUCUGUAGCUUGUGUUAUCUGCUGUAAUUUUCUGUCUGAAAUAAUUCUUCUUUUCUGAAACUUAAAGUGGCACUGUAGGAAAUACAAUAAUUUCAUCAGUGUAAAAUGGUUAUAGUGCUUAGUCACCUGUCUCCUUCCAUUCAGUGUUAAACCAUUUUCAAACUGUUUAACACUGAAUGUGAGGGCUGUAGCUGCCCACAUCCUGGCGUCUUUUGCAGGUAUGUCUUCUUCUAGCCAUGACCACUUCUACUAGCAAAGGGAGCUAUUAUAUACUGAAAGAGGUCAACUGACACUCCCAGCUAUUAACAGAUGCCCAUUUCUGUUAAUACCAAGCGGCAUAGAGGAAAUGGGCUGCUGGAGACUGUAGUUUAGAAUUACACUGUAACGCUAAAUGAAAGGACUGCGCCAGGGUACUCAAGACACUAUAACCACUUUAAUGAGAUCAAGCAGUUACAGUGUACCUUUAAGUAAUACCACAGCCAUUUUAAGUAAGACAAAUAUUUAGCAUUACAAGCUUCUACCAUCUGGCUCUCAAGUUGCAAAAUUUCAAACCUAGUAUUGUCAACUUCAUCAACGGAACAAUAGAAGACAAUCAUAAUCGUCAGGAAAAUGUUAUAUUUAGCCAUUUUUGUGAUUAUAAAAGUGUUUUAUCUCAGGGAAAAAAUAUUUCACACCUAAAAUAUGACAAAAAAUUUAACAGAUUUUCACUACAAAACUGCUUAUGGGGAGAGAUUAAGAAUAAAUCUUGUGACAAAGCUUCACACCACCUUGGUAGAAAUUAUCUGAAAUGUACAAGCCAUCCUGCUCUGUUGAGGAUAUCCUCACUGUUUUUCUUGCACUGGGAGAUAUACAGAAUAUUGUGAAGAUAUAUAUCUUUAUAUAUAGAUAAGAGAAUGUUGAAUUUGAUAAAUAAAAGCCAUACUGGGAUUAUCUAAAACAUAAUGUCAUUAAUUUAUUUUUUUGCAAGGCCAUCUUAUAACAUAGUCCUUCAAUUCUGCUACAUGGUGCUUGUUCAGCAUUUGUUACAGAUAAGAUGCUAAUAAAUUUACAUUUAGCUUUG